AUGAUUGUUCGAAAUUUUCAGUUUUCACAAUGCUCUUUCAAAGUAAGUAACCAACUCUCCUCCCCCAAUUUUAUUUGUUGUUAUAGAGAUUUUUAUCGACAUCUAUCAGGGACAUUCGGAACAUCGGGAUCAUCGCUCACAUUGAUGCUGGAAAGACCACAGUUACCGAGAGAAUACUGUAUCUCUGCGGAACUACGAAAUAUGUUGGAGAUGUCGACAAGGGAAACACUGUCACCGAUUUUAUGGACAUGGAGCGAGAAAGAGGUUUGUCUGAUUUUUUUAUCAAUUUUAUAUUGUUUAGGUAUCACAAUCCAAUCAGCGGCGGUUACAACAUUCUACAAAGACAAAAGAAUAAAUUUAAUUGAUACUCCAGGCCAUGUAGAUUUUACUUUCGAGGUGGAAAGAAGUGUCCGGAUUCUGGAUGGAGUGGUUGUUGUCCUUGAUGGAUCCGCUGGUGUUCAAGCACAAACGUUGACGGUAUGGAAACAGGCGUCAAGGAACAAAUUGCCAAGUGUUUUCUUUGUAAACAAAAUGGACAAGCCUAAUGCUGAUUAUUCAAUGUCAAUCGACUCCAUUCAGCAAAAACUUGGAAUUGCAGGUAUCAUGGUUAAUAUAAUAUAUACGCAGAAAUUUCAGUGGCCCCAUUGGUCGUUCCGUUUUUCAAGGAAGAGAAGCUUGUUGGAUUUCUAAAUGUUCUCGAAAGUACCGUGUUGUUGAUUGGUUCCACUAAUUGGGAGCCCAUAAAGGUAAUCACUUUUAAUGAAAUUAUUCCUUUCCUUUUUUAGACACAAUCUUUGGAAUUUGACCUCCUGCUCCAAGGAAGACAACAGUUGUUUGAGAUCAUCGCUGAGCACGAUGACAGGUUCGCCGAUAAAUUCUUGUCCACUGAGGACACCAGCAAGAUCGCGACUUCAAAUGUGAUCUCCGCCCUCAGGCGGUGCACAUUGUCGACCAAAUUGGCCGCUCUUUCAAGCGGAACUGCCUUGAGAAGCACUGAAUCGGUGUUGCCGUUGUUGGAUAUGAUUGUGGACUAUCUUCCUUCGCCAGAUCUUAUGGUUAACGAAAUCCCCGAGUACAUCUCAACUUGUGGACUCGUUUUCAAGGUACGUCGAAAUUUUAUGCAUUUUUUGAAAAAUGUUUUUAGGUGGGCCAUGACAAAAGAAAGGGCCAGCUCAACUUUGUCCGAAUUUACAAAGGAGAACUUGCUCCCAAUCAGCCGGUCAAUCUGAAUAAUGUGGCCAAAGAAGUUGUCCACACUCACACACAUCAACUGUUCAUUCCAUUCAGCGAUGACCUGGAACCCGUGCAAAAAGUCGAGGCAGGGAAUAUUGCAGUCAUCGCUGGCUUGGAGGGCGCUGUAACCGGGGAUACUGUAACAGAAUCAAGACGGGGCGAUCCCUUUAUUCUCCAUGGCAUCCAGUAUCCAGAGCCGGCCUUCUUUUGCUCGGUGGAACCUCCGAACAUCGGGAUGGCGGUGAAAAUGGAAAAGGCGCUCGAAGAAUUGUGCAUCGAAGACCCUUCUUUUCGAGUCAGAACGGAUUCGGAAUCGGGCCAAAUGAUCGUCGAGAGUAUGGGCGAGUUACAUAUUGAAGUGUUGAAGCAUCGCCUGAAGAAAGAGUACGGGCUGGACGUUUUCUUGGGCAAAAUGAGGGUAAGAAUUGAGUGUUAUCUAGGUACUUUUCUGUCCAAUCUCUACUUUAAUUAUUUUUUUUAUUUUUGUAGGUGAAUUUCAAAGAAGUUCCUCAUAGUACAAGUGAAGUGUCGGCUACAGUUGAAGACACUCUCGACCAGAAAACCCAAUGGUGCACCUUGAAGAUUGAAUUGGAGCCCGUCUCUGUUUCAACACCGUUCAAGAAGGUGGCUAACUAUGCUUAAUAUAAGAUUUUUUAGGCGGAAAUUGCUCUGGAAGAAGAAGAUGCCCCUUUCAUCAAGCGCGAAUGGCUUAAUGCCAUCAAUGAAGGUGUUAAGAACGCUCUCUUCAAUGGCCCCGUUCUCGGAUAUCCAGUCCAGGGAGUCGGCAUAAAGAUUCGGUAUGUUUUGGUUAAGACUUUAUGUAGUUGUGUACGGUGGUUUGACAUUGUUCUGUCUCCAGACGUCUUGAUGUGAGUGGGGGUCGCAUCAACACCGCCUUGCUGAGCGCUUGUGCCAGUGAAGCGGUCUCCAAAGCACUGAAAGAGAGCGGAACUUUCCUCGUGGAACCAUUAAUGGACCUCGAAGUGGAAGUAAUCGGCCAAAAGGAGGGAAUAAUCUCGUCCAUCAUCAAUGAACUGACCAGAAGAAGAGCCGAGAUUUUGGAUUCUUCUGCCACAGGCGUGAAAGCGAGACUUCCUCUGAGCGAGAGCGAUGGUCUGGCUCGCUCUCUGAGGUCAGUCUCGUCCGGUCUCUCCACUUUCCACAUGAAGUUUAAGGAGUAUCAGCAGGUUGCGGGCGAUAGAAUCUCAGCCUUGAGGGCUGAGAAUGCUUAG